AGAGGCUCACAGUCAGGGGGUGUGUUGCCCUAAAAAAAAGUAAAGGCACCGAGCAAUAUCCGACUGCGCUGCUUAUCUAUAUGCAAAAAUCUAUCGCGUGUAUUCGAUAAAGAGCUUCUUUUUGUGCGGAGAGCCAAAGCCGACUGUUUAGCUGAGAGGGCACAGCAUGGCAGCGGUGGGAUCCAGAGCAGGACUAGACACGAUAUCGAUGUGCACAGAAGGGCAGGACGGAUUGGUCUACAUGCAGGGUUGUGGCCAGGGAGAAGGGGUGGGUGUGCAGAAGAAGCUGAAUGCAGGGACAGAGUGGUCAGCCGAUGGAAACCUUCUAUCCUUCCCACGGUCUUCCGGUGUGGACUUACCUUACAGAAGUCCAGAGUCAGUGGAGAUGGAUGAGAUCAUGGCUGCAAUGGUGCUCACCAGUCUGUCCUGCAGUCCAGUGGUUCAAAGCCCCCCGCAGAGGGACCUCCUACCAGGGGACAUGGAGUGUUGUGGAGGUGAGCUAUCUGACAGCGGCAGCAGUGGUUACUGGAGCUGGGACCACGGCAAUGUCAGCCCAGCCCCUUCUCCAUCGGUCACCGAGAUGGACAGGAGCCUGGGCCAACUGACAGACGAAGGACUGCACAUGGAGCUGGACCAAGCCGCAUGUGAGGAGCCGGAGGCCAGGAGGUGCAAGAGCAUGAGCAGGGGAGCAUACAGGUGUCUGUGGCCUGGCUGCGGGAAAGUGCUGACAUCACGGGUUGGAAUGAAACGGCACAUUCGCAUUCUUCACCUGGGUUUUCUCUUAAACAGUGGGGGCUCAGAGCAGUCACGUAGGGAGGAAGACUUCUACUACACAGAGGUCUCCUCUGAAGAUGAGGAAACUGCACCUCCAUCUCCUGCUCCAUCCUUCUCCAGUGGGACCUGGACCUCCUGCAGCUCCACACAAAGCCAAUCCACCCCAGGACCCCAAGAUGCUCCAGUCCAGUCAAGCACACUCAGCCAAUCAGCUCCAAGCAGCGUGUGGCAGAUCCACACUGAACAUCUCUAUCAGGCCUGCGCACCCAUUCAGGUGACGGUCUCUCCAGGCUCUCCCACCUUUUGUAGCUGGACCCCAUCUGGUGACGUCCAGCAGAAACCUCAGAUUCCAGCAUUUCGCAGCCGGUCAGUGAGUGUUGGAGAACAGUGGCUACAGAGGAACAGCGCCCCCACCAGAUCACAGACCAUGAGUGCAUCUCCCUCCAGAGGGCACUGUUCAUUCAGGAAGGGCCGAGGUGAGGCCAAAAAGUGCCGAAAAGUGUACGGCGUGGAGCGGCGGGACCAAUGGUGCACUGCCUGCCGCUGGAAGAAAGCCUGUCAGCGGUUCCCAGACUAAACAAAAAAAGACUUUAGGAGACGAGAAAGAAUCUCCAUUUUCUUUCUUUCCUCCAACUCUUUUCCUGCACUGUAGAGGACACGUCUUUUCACUUUUCUACCUUUUUUGUUUUCCUUUGAGUUAAAAGGAUUGCUUUUGUUAUGUUUUCCCCCAAAGUGAAGGCUGGUACUAGCUGUUGAGACUGUGGAGUAGUAGGA